UCUGUGACAAUAUCAGCUGAUAUUUGGAAGUCUCGAGUUGGUGAUAGCUUGGCGGGAAAUUUACUUUUGUGUUGAAAUCAUGUGAUUAACGAUUUUAUCAAGUCACGAGUAAAAUAUCAGGUAAACAGAAAAGGCCCUUGACCAACGCCAUUUGCAGCUUGAUAGCUUGACGUGGAAGUUACACAGCUGCCUCUCAAAAUGGCGACACUUUGCAUUUUGCAGUUUAUUCUUGCAUCAAUAUUCAUGCCUUGCUUGGCCUAUAACAAGCCUUACCUCGUCAGCCUCGAAGAAGACCAGAGCCUGACCUACUGGCAACGUGAGGGUUGGAAAGUCCUUGAUCGUGUUGAAGCAAAUAAGAUUAUAGAGCUUACUUUUGCGAUUAAGCAAAGAAACACGGACAAAUUGGAAAAGCUGUUGCUUGAAGUCUCUGAUCCAGAUUCACCGGCCUAUGGACAAUACUUGACAGUGGACCAGAUAACCAAAUUGAUUUCACCUUCGCAUCGAAGUUUUUCAACGGUAAAACGAUGGCUUUGGAAGAAUGGUAUCAAGGCUUGCGAAAAAACCACAAACUCUGAUUUCCUGGUUUGCAGAAUGUCCCGUGAUGCUGCGGAGAAUCUUCUCACCGGCUCUAUUUUCUACUACUUCAAACACAGUAAAUACACAAAGAAAGUCAUUCGCUCCCUGUCGAGGUACUAUGUUCCUCAAUAUAUAGCAAAGCACCUGGAUUUCGUUGCAGGUCUGCACAGAUUUCCAGCUGUCAACUGGAUUAAACCCAAAGCCCAAGACAAUGCUAGCAAAUUUAAAAUAAAGCUGGACCAUAUUCAAAGAGGGACAGGUGCUCCCAACCCAGAGAUUCAUAUUGGUGUAUACCCUGCUGUAUUGAGAGAAAGAUACAACAUCUCAGACACUGUUGGGUCCAACAAAAACAACAGCCAAGUUGUUGCCCAGUUCUUGGAGCAGUAUUACAAUGCAGGAGAUCUGAAAGAAUUUAUGAGACUGUUUGGGAGUGGGUUCAAACAUCUGGAUGAAAUUGCAAAAGUUGUAGGCCCAGACACUGGGCGGUCUGGAAUUGAGGCAAGUUUAGAUACACAAUACAUAAUGAGCACAGGAGCUAACAUACCAACUUGGUUUUGGAGUACUGCAGGGCGCCAUGAAACACAAGAACCAUUUUUGACCUGGAUGGUUGCUAUUGGGAACAUGUCAGAGGUUCCUUAUGUGCACAGUAUCAGUUAUGGGGAUGUUGAAAGCAGUUUGUCUGUGACAUACAUGCAAAGGAUCAAUGUUGAGUUCAUGAAGGCUGGUGUUCGUGGGCUGACAAUCCUUUUUGCAAGUGGGGAUGAUGGUGCAGCCUGCAAAGAUAACAAAUUUAGUCCAGAUUUUCCUGUCUCAAGCCCAUAUGUAACAGCUGUUGGUGGCACUGCUCUGGAGAACCCAUUUACAGUUUCUGGGGAAUAUGCUUAUGAGAUAAGUGGUGGAGGAUUUAGCAAUGUUUUUGCACAGCCUUCAUAUCAAAGUGAAAAAGUAGCUUUUUAUCUAAGCAAAAUGGAGAAUCUGCCAGCAGAGAAGUAUUAUAACAAAAGUGGUAGAGGAUAUCCUGACAUUUCAGCUCUUUCCAACCACUUCUGGGUGGUCAACAAUCUUGUACCUGUGCCAGGAGUUGCUGGAACUUCUGCAUCUACUCCGACAGUUGCAGGGAUCAUAAGCCUUCUAAAUGACGCUAGACUAAAUGGCAAGAAACCAGUUAUGGGUUUUAUCAACCCAUUCCUGUACAAAAAUGCUGCUACACUUUAUGAUGUCACAUCAGGCUGCAAUGAGGGAUGUCUUGCUCACGACAAAGGGUUUUGUGCCUUCCAGCAAUGGGACCCAGUGACAGGCAAUGGUACACCAAAUUUUACAGCAAUGCUUAAAGCUGCCAUGGCAACAUUCAAAGCUUCAAAGUGAACUUUGCAAUUACAAGCAACUCUUUAAUUUUGAUAAUAUAUAUUCUUGAUUUUUGUAAGCAUUUUUCAUAUUAUUUUUGAAAUAGAGUUUUCUUUUUGUGAGC